AUGUCAGCUAUGGUCCAUCCUAAAGCUGUUUUGUACUCUUUCAAAACACACAAAAGCUUUUCUUCCUCGAUGACAGUCAAAUCAGAAGCAAUGAUCACAGGAAGUGUAUCUGAUUCUCCCAAAAAGGCAUAUUUCAAGUGUUCAGGCGAUGGCUUGAGUUCUAGCUUUGGAGGUUUCUCAACAGAAGGCAAAAUAGGGGCGCUAGGUGUCCCUAGUGGCUAA